AAAACUGUUUUCCUUUUUUCAACACAAUUUUUGUUUUCUCAAUAACUGCAUGUAUUACAAAAUGACAACUGAAUAGUUUCAGUAGUUUCCUAUGGGACACCCUGUGUGAUGUUAAUUCGAUUUAUGUAUCAUAGUAAUAGUAUUAACAUUUUAUUAAAAAAAUGGAGAAGUUAUGUACUUUGAAAAGGAUGGUUGAUAUAUCUGAACCAAUAUUGGCAGAAGAUAGUACAUUUUCCACGUUAGCAUUAUCAUUAAGUGCAGUAUUAGAACAAUUGGAUGAAAAUGCUAUACACCACGAUUAUCUUGUUACCCUACUGUUUGUUCUAUUAGCAGAAUCUGGAUUUUCUAUAUCAUCCAUUUCUAAUACUUUAAAGCGAGAGCAAAAUACAAGAUUGGUUCGUAUACCUACUGAUUGGAAAUUGCCAGAAACAGACACAUACGAAGCACAUUUCAUAUUGUAUAAUAUAGAGAAUAUUAAAUCAAAGUUUAUCGCAAUACCUUAUGGUGAUAAAUUGAUACUUAAUAUAUUCCCAUGUAUAAAAGAGAAAAAAACUUAUAGCAUGACUGUGCAGACGUUAAAAUAUGUAAAUCCCUAUUCAAAUAAUUUAUUAUUGCGAUAUAGGAAUCUUAAGGAAAUAUCACAUAGGUUUAAAAACAAACUGACUAUACCCUUGCGGACAGAUAUAUUGUCAGCUUCAGGUUUAACAAGUCCUAGUUUUCAAGGUUUGCCAACGGAGCUACGAUUCAAAAUCGCAGAUAUGCUGCAUCCACUGGAUAUACAAAAUCUGGGAUUAUGUUCUAAAGAAUUUUAUGCAUUAUAUGUAGCUUUUACUUAUUGGCAUAAAUCAUAGAAACCAUGUAUAUUUUUGUAUAAAACUUCUCUUAUGAAAAAAA